UUAAAAUACGUAUUUUAGAUUCAAAACGCAAAAAGAGGGUGUGGUACUUUACUUUGUUUAUACUGAAGAAGGGACGGGGAACUGAGACUUACAAAGAAAGCUCAAGUGUGUGUCCAAAGCUUCAAUAUAAUGGCUACUGGACAAGACUCAGGGUUAGUGCCGUGGAUUCGCAAGAAACUCGGUUUCAAGACCCAAGCAGAGAGGAGAACGAGACUGGAAACUGAACCAGAUAUACCCAGGAGGCUGGACACUGAACCAGAUACACCCAGGAGACUGGACACUGUGCCAGAUACACCCAGUGUUCAGGAGCAGCUGGCCAGGGAUCUGUGGGAGGCUGUAGACAAUAGGGAUGUCAGCAAAGUGAGGUCCGUUUUGGGACAGGGGGCCAACCCCAAUCACCAGCUCUACUGGAGUGAGGAGUGGAGUGCCAAUUAUAGACCACUUCCAGUACACGAAGCAUGCUACCAGGGCUACCUGGAGAUCACUAGAGCACUCGUUAGUGGUGGAGCUGAUAUUGAGAAAGGUGAUGGAAUGUUGCGCAGGACUGCAUUUCACUGGGCGUGUGGGGGAGGACAUAUGGAGACUGUGGUGUAUUUAUCACAAGAGAUAAAAUGUCGUAUUGAUGUGAGGGGCAAGAUAAACCAAACACCACUGCACCUGGCUUGUGCGGGAGGAAGUAUACAAGUAGUGAAAUACCUUGUGGAGGUACUCAAGGUUGAUGUUGAUGUGACUGAUUAUUUUGGCAAGACUCCUCUUGACUAUGCAGUACAUUAUAGGAGCACUGAAGUUGUUGAAUAUCUCCGGUCUCUACAACCCUCCACUCCUAAACCAGUGACCUCUGACCCUCUCUAUGGUCAACAGACACCCAGUGCUGGCAAUGAACAACCAGAAACAACUGAUACUCCAAAUGGUUCCACACAACUUUCAACGGAUGACCAAACCUUGUCAAGCACUCCAUUGACUGAGGAAGACUCUGAUGCUCUAGAAAAGCUGCUCCUAGACAAAAAAAUCAAAAGAUUUGUUAAAAGGACAUAUGAGGCAGUAGUCCACCACCUUCGUGAGGAGCUCGGACACGGGGAACUCGCCGACAACCUGAGAGCGAACCUCGACAAAGUGAUUGGAGAGCAAAAGCGAUAUCUGAAGAAAUUGGAUGAUCUGAUGACUGACAAAGACACUAUCUCCAUGCAGUACCUCCGCCUCCUUCUUGUCGGGCCACCAUUCGUGGGGAAAACAACAACUCUUGGCCGCUUACUGAAAGAUAUCGAAAACAUUAGUUCUGCUGGAGACAAGGCAAAGCUACGCAGUACGCUACUCACCAAUUGCCACCAAGUGGUCGCCUACAUGAACAAAGAUGCCACAGAAUGGGUUUGUUCCAAAGACGUAGAAGAGGAAGCAAAGAUUCUCUUUGGCUACAUGUACAGUAGCAAGGUCGAUGAAGUUCCGAGUGCCCCAACUGAGAAAAAGACAAAAACUGUCCCUGAAAGCGAAAAGCACACAAGCAUACCCAAGCCACUCUCUUAUGAAAAGCCUCAGUCAAAGCCUCAAGAAGAAACACGCUCUGAAAUACAAGAGAAUGCUCACCAACAAAACAGGCUCAUACCCAUUAAAGCUAGAUUACAAAAACUGAUAAAGAACGGAAACUACUCUGAAAUGGCCAAAUGUCUCGGCAACACCUUGCUAAACAUCAACGAUGUUGGAGGACAACCUGCCUUCCUAGAAAUGCUACCAGCCCUAUGUAAUGGUCCGGCCAUGUAUCUAGUGUUCUUGGAUCUAAGCAAGGAACUUGACGAACCCUACGAUAUUCCCUUCAGUCGUGACGACACAGUCAUUACUCCAUUCAAAGCUGUACACACAGUGGAAGCCACAGUCUCUCAAAUCCUCUCAGCAGUUGCCAGUAUCCAUCACGUCUCUCGAGAAGAUGCCAAGUACAAAACCACCUCCAAAUUGAGCGAGAAAUUUGAAAAGUUCCAACAAGUUCAUCCGGUAGCAGCUUUGAUCGGUACUCACGUGGACAAGCUGGAGAAUCCAAAAGAGAAAAUCAAGCAGGUCAACGAUGCUCUGAAAGCAACCACUCAAAAGUUUGCCGGGAUUCUUGUAUCACCUCCGCCAGAUUCUGAAUCUUCCUUUUUUGCCGUGGACAACUUUGCUGGAACGGAACAGUCUGACAUUGCCCCGAUUCGUGAUUUCCUGAGCGAUGUUUUUGCGUCUCAUUUCAAGGAUGCAUCUCUGCCCAUCAAACCGAAAUGGCUCCUACUGGGCACACUACUGCGGAUGGAGUACUCAAUCGUGUCGAUGGAAGACUGCCUGGAAAUCGGGAGAUUGUUAGAGAUGGAUGAAGAAGAUACCAAAUUCUGUCUUUGGUACCUACAGAAGAUUGGAUCCAUACUCCAUUACGGGAAUGUACCCAAUGAUAUUGAUGGCUGGCUAAGCAACCACAUGUUUUGUACCCCUGAAGUGAUCUUCACUAGCAUCAGCCAACUGAUCCUUGCUGCUUUACGCAUCCUCCAUUCUGAAGGCCACGUCACUGAGUUUGAGCGAGCAGAGUUGGUCAAGAUGGGGCAGUUUUCACUGGAGGCCAUUAUCAAGUACUGUAAUGGACCUGAUGUUGCAAAGAUGCUCAAGAAAGGAGAGAUUAUUCCAGCCAAGCAUCUCAUCAUACUGCUGCAAUAUCUCAACCUUCUUUCUGAAAUCGUUCACAAAGAUGCCAAUGAUCCGAAGGUCACCCGAAUCACCUAUCUCAUGCCGGCUAUUUUGGACUGUGCUUCACAAGACGAGCUAACCAACACACCUCAACCAGACACCAACAUCCCAGAACCACUCCACAUCACAUUCAGCUUUGGUUACGUACCAACAGGAGUCUUCUGUGGGCUCAUCACUCGACUAGUUUCCCAAGGCCCUCAUAAAAUUCUUGGAUUGACGUGGGAAUUGGUGGAAGAUGGUGUCAAACGAAACUGCGUCUCCUUUUAUGUUGACUACGUACACAAAGUGACACUGCUCUCUCACGACAGAAGCUACGAGAUACGAGUUGAACGCAAUGCAAAACAGAUGGAUUUAUCUCUUCACGAUCUUUGCUCUCACACUCUGUCAGCAAUCCUGUAUUCUCUCAAGAUCCUGUUCCCAAAGUUGAACCUCAGUGUUGCAUUUCAAUGCUCUUGUCCCAAACACGCAACAAGCAAGAGUCUAAACAACCUUUGCACCCUUGUUCAAGGCCGACAGAUCCACUUCCUGUGUGGUAGAAGUCCCGUCACCCUCAGUGAAGCACAACAAGUGUGGUUGGGGAAGGUUGCAAGCAUUGGUCAGAAGGCAAGCUUGUGUGUGCUCAAGUUUGUUAGAAAUCCUGUAAAGCAGUUUUCCUUUGAUUGGAGCAAAGUGGGAGAUGAUGACACAGCACCUGUUCUCAGCAAACCCAACACUGUGAGCUUCCAGAGUGUGAGAGAGGAGGACUUUGGUCACUACCAGUGUGAGGUGAAGGAUGCAGCUGCUGGGAAAGUGCUCCUCACUCUCUACACAGCUCUCUACAAAGAGGACACAAGAUCGUCACAAGAGGAGCCUACUAGCAGAAACCAAACAGUAGAAAUUGCACAACAACGGUCGUCCAUUGUUCUGACUGGAGAUGAUAUUCUAACAAUUUGUGAGAAGCUGAGAAGUGCAAGCAAAGAUUGGUUCAACUUGGGACUGGCUCUUGGAAUGAAGUUUUACGAGUUGGAAAAUAUUCGAGAUCGAAGCACAGAUAAUGUGUGCCGCCUAACGAUGAUAGUAGCCAAGCGUCUUGAAGUCACUGAUCCACCCAUGACAUGGCCUUACAUAUGUGAAUGUCUAAGGAGGCCUACUGUUGAGCGUAACGAUGUAGCCGAGGAAAUUGAAGACAAGUAUGUGAGGACAGCAACUGCAGUUGCUCAUAGUGCCACCAAUUGAUCAUGAUAACCUGACAAGCUUGAAGGGGACGAAUAAAGUAAAGAAGCAUAAAGAAGCGUCCAUGCAAGAAUUAAGUAAAGAACUGACUGACUCUGUGCUAACAAUGUUGUCUAUAUAGCCAUUAUUAUACAGUAUGAGUACUGUAACAUGUUCAAGCAUUGUUCCUUUGUUCCUUGUA